AUGAGGACGCAAGGGAAAACAACCAACUCUUCAGCGGUGGGAUUUGACCAUGUCUAUUUCGACGAGAACGAGGAGAACGAUUCCCCUGCUCAGGAAAACACACCCCCACAGCGAGAUCCCACGAAUGCUAUACCAGAAGCUGUGCCUCGGUUAAAUCGUGCAAAGGAGCCUUACCGUUCAUUCAACGUCUUCAAAGAUGUAGCACUUGGUACAAAUGCCUUCAGCUUUUGCCUUCAAGUUCACCCUUCUGGGGGACUUGCUCAAUCUCCAAGCCCAGUAUAUCACACCCUGCGCAUCCCCUGGUACCGCCAAGGUCUCUAUCUACCAGCCUCAUUUGACCUUUACUCUGGUGGAAAUGUCGUACGCAGCCGGAAAGACCCAUCUCCCGAGCCCCAAGACCACCGUGCGCACAUUCACUACCGUGGCUUUGAGGGUCUGCUAAGUCUCCAUGUGACGGUAGACAUCUUCCACCAGCUAGGUUCUAGUACCCUUCAAAAUAACCUUGCAGGCUCUGGGGGAAGUUCCCCGGAGCUUUCCAAGUCUUGCUCGGUGGACAUUGUUCGGAAAGGAAUUGGCAGGACUUACCGUGUUGGGAUUACUGGUGGCGAGGCUGUCAAAACAUUCUACUGGAAAGGGUCCAAAGCUGCAUUGUCUCUCCUUGGAACUGAAGGGAAGAGCGCUGGUUCUAGUGAUGGGAACGGCAACCUAAAGUUCUUUUCUGCGGAUAAACCAGAUGAUAUUCUUGCUGUGUGGCAGAAUAGAACUGAUCGACAAAUUCUGGGUUCUUUGAAUGUUAUCGCUGAGCUUGAUGCUGAUUCGGAUGGAAUCCUUGAAGCGUUGAUGGUGAGUUGCCUGGCAGUGGUUGUUGCAGAAAGAGUUUCCGGGCGAGGGUGGAUAGGUGGGCUGGGGAAGUCAAGGAACUCUUGA